AUGCAGUUAAAUGAAAAUGAAGAAAAAAUCAUAAAAGACUUAUUCAAAAAAGUAUGAUCUCAUUCAUUAUAUUAAAGGUUACUUUAUAUUAUAAAGAUUAUAUGUCUAUGCCAGAUGAUGGUGAUUUUCCUAAUCAAAACUGUGUAGAUGAUAUUGCAGCAUCAUUUAGAAUAAUUUGUUAAAUAGUUGAAUCAUUUUUGAUAGGUUAUAAAUAAUUAUAACAUCAGCAUGUUUUAUUAGAAUAAAAAUUAGUUGAAGCUGAAUAAGAAAUUAGAAAUCAUAUAAGAGUAAAUCUUAAUAUUAUAAAAGAUUUAACAAGAAAUAAAGGUUUGGGGAGAUUCUUUACAGGAUGAGAUCAUAUCUUUAAAAUAGGACUUAAAACGAUAGAAAGUAAAAGUGUUGGUAAAAAACAAAUUUAAUGAAUUCUUAAGACUCUUGAAAGAGAUUUAAGUUUAUAGAAAAAUUAUAAAAAUGCAUGUACAAGUUAAGAAAGAUUACCAACAGAAACAACGUAAGAUAGGCAAGAAAAAAUGUUGAGUUUGUUGUCUUCUCAAAAAUCAAGAUAAAUAUAAGGUUAAGGAUAUAAAAAGAAAAAUAUGAAACUUUAAUAUUUUGAAGAUAAAUAGUAAAUUAUUUUUAUAUAAUAAGAAACAAGUCCUUUACACAACUUGCCUAAUAGUUCUUAAAUUCAUCAUUAUCUAAAACAUUAAGAUCUGGAAUAGUCACUUAGAAAAAGAAAAAAGCCACUACUAAAUAAUGUAAAACAAACUAAGUUAAUCUAAAAAUUAAAAAUUAAAGGUGUCAUUCUUAAUAAGAAAGAGCCAAAACAUUAAAUGAUUAAUCGUUUUACUAUUGA